CGUCAGCAGGAGAGCCACACCAGAGCUAAGGAGUGGGUGACGAGGAGCGAUCUCCACCACCAGGGAAAAAAAGUCCAGCAGCGAUAAAAAUGCACGGGCUACACGGGUGUGUUUGACUGUCACAAAGGCGUUUACGUAUAUUUCGCUCCCGGUGGAGGCUUUAUUGAGAAUACCAACGUAGCGUAAUGAAGGUGGUCUUUCGGGCCGAGCUUUCUGGUUUUUAGCCAGUUGGCUGCAAUUCCAGGGAUGGCUAGCUGAGCUAACGCAGCUAGCUAACGGUUAGCCUGCCCAUUUAGCUGCCCUGGUCACUGGGCUCCUCGGACAGGAGAGGAUCCCGAAUCCGAACGCAGUUGUGGAGCUGCGGUCGCAUUUGGGUCGGUUCGCGGAGUGUUCUGCAUCGAGUGCUCGGCACAGUGAGUUGGCCUGUGUGUUUGUUCGGUAGAUGGACCGUUUGACGGGCGCCCAUUGUCAUUGCGCGGGCGUACAGCGUUGGUUUCGGGGCGGCUAGUUUUUUUUUGCUUGGCCGGGCAACCAGCGGAGGAAUUGUACAGAUGUGGCAGUGGCAGCCAGCUGUGUCCCACCGUCCCCGGGACUGAAGGUGAUUGUUUGACAUAAAGGCCGUGUUUUUGUACCGAGCGGGUCGUGGGAACGGACUUAAAAGUGCUGGCAUUCAGCAGCUCGCCGCUUUAAGAUGGUCAGAACGUUAGCAACAUUUGGCUGUCAUGCUAGUUAGUAAGUUAUCCUAAGUGAUUCCAGCCCCUUUUGGAAACUUAAUGCUAUUCUGUGGUUGUAUAUUUCACCGACGAUGUUCGCAGACGUGUUGCAUGCACAUUUUCUGUGAUCAGCUGUCAGUACGUGCAGCCUGCGGAUUUCAGACACUGACUAAGCUGUCACAUAUCUGACACUUGACAGCAGUUCUACCACCAACAAAGGAGGCCAGAUCCUGCAACAAGCCCAACAUCAGGCCUUUUGUACAGCUUCACAGCGGACUGUCGCCUAGAGGGCCUUUCUGUAUUUAACACGUUGUGUGAGGUGUAGCCCGACGCCCCCGAAUAGACGGGCUUUUCAGCUCAUGCGGUGAUGACUUUAGACUCCAUGAUGGCCUGUUGCCUAAGCGAGGAGGCGAAGGAAUCCAAACGAAUCAACGCUGAGAUCGAGAAGCAACUCCGGCGCGACAAGAAAGAUGCAAGAAGGGAGUUGAAGCUGCUUCUGCUGGGUACUGGAGAGAGUGGCAAGAGCACUUUUAUCAAGCAGAUGAGAAUAAUCCAUGGAUCAGGCUACACAGAUGAGGAUAAGAAGGGCUUCACCAAGCUGGUCUACCAGAACAUCUUCACCUCUAUGCAGGCCAUGAUCCGUGCAACUGAGACUCUAAAGAUCCCGUACAAGUAUGAACAGAACAAGAAUAAUGCUCAGCUGGUGCGUGAGGUGGACGUGGAGAAGGUGUCCUCAUUCGAACAGCCGUACAUCAGUGCCAUAAAGAUGCUGUGGACUGACCCUGGCAUCCAGGAGGCCUAUGAUCGCAGGAGAGAGUACCAGCUCUCUGACUCAACCAAAUAUUACCUUAGUGACUUAGAACGAAUAGCUUCAGCGGGGUACGUGCCCACUCAGCAGGAUGUGCUGCGGGUUCGAGUACCUACCACUGGCAUUAUUGAAUACCCAUUUGAUCUGGAGAAUAUAGUCUUCAGGAUGGUGGAUGUUGGUGGCCAGAGAUCAGAGAGGAGGAAGUGGAUCCACUGCUUUGAGAACGUGACCUCCAUCAUGUUUCUGGUGGCGCUUAGCGAGUACGAUCAGGUGCUGGUGGAGUCAGACAACGAGAAUCGUAUGGAGGAGAGUAAAGCUCUUUUCAGGACCAUUAUCACAUAUCCCUGGUUCCAAAACUCCUCUGUCAUCCUAUUCCUCAACAAGAAGGACUUGCUGGAGGAGAAGAUCAUGUAUUCUCACCUGGUUGAUUAUUUCCCAGAGUUUGAUGGUCCCCAGCGAGACGCCCAGGCAGGCCGAGAGUUCAUCUUGAAGAUGUUUGUGGACUUGAACCCAGACAGUGACAAGAUCAUCUACUCUCAUUUUACAUGCGCCACUGAUACGGAGAACAUCCGCUUCGUCUUUGCUGCUGUCAAAGACACCAUCCUGCAGCUCAACCUUAAAGAAUACAACCUGGUGUGAAAGAGAGAGAGAGAGAGAGAGAGAGAGAGCAAGAGACCGGCCUGCAUCCCCCAUACACUCAAUGCAGAGUCCACUAACAGAAACGCAGCAUGACUCCUACCGCUGCUCAAAGACAAAGGCAUUUCAUAAUACUUUACUGGGCAGCGUUCUACCCUUUCUGUCCCACUGGGCUCCUCAGUUGCUGUUUUUUUUUCUUUUUUGAAUAAUCUGGUUGUGUGGUUAAUUACUGCAGAAACACAUGAAACACACCAUUUGUCCUCACUCUUUUAGUUUUGAUCACUUGUGGGCUUCUCUCUUUUACUUGGCGGGUGGUGUUACUCAUAUUUUCUCCGUUUUUACACUACAUUGCCAGUGCUUGUGUGUACAAGGUGGAUGGAGGUCCUUCUCUGGGUAAAGUUUUACGAACAAAGGGCUCUCUCCCCUUCUUAAUUACCCCACACAUGAUAAACACUACAGCCUGAGGCCAUGUUGCAAACCUUGGACUCUGCACAUCUGCAUCUCUGCAACGGGUAACUAAUUAUUGUGAUAGGAAUAUAUGAUCAGAUGGAGCUAGAUUACAGUGAGGUACUCUGUUUGCUGGGCCUUUAAUUCUGUAUGAUUUUUCUUUUUUAUAACUGCCCCAAAUCAGAGCGCAGCUGCUCUGCUGAAUGUAAAUAAAGUUUUCAUGCUGCUCACACAGAGUGAGUGCUAGACAGAGAUGACUGCAUAAUGUUUUUAGACUUUAAAUACUUAACAGCUGUUAAUUCUGGAUUAUUAUUACCGUCAUUGUUCUCCAGUUAAAGGUUAAGAUAACUACUUCAAACAGAGUCACGUUUUUUAUAAACUGCUCUCUGGUUUAAAGUUUAAAUGCUCCAAGAAGCAUAAAAUAACAAGAGUUUACACUCGACUUGAUUAUGUCAACCUAAUCUGUUAUUUUCUAUCAGGCUUCCGAGUUCAAGCCACCGGUUUUCUGUAAAUAUAAUUACUCUGUACAUCCUUUAAGUGGCUCAGACGUUAGGAACUGGAGUUGCUAAUGUGAGUUUCUCUCACGUUGGCAUCAGAAUUUGCUCUUGUCACCACUUGUCUGAAUCACAGAUGUGUUGUACUGUGAUUUGUUAGUUUCCUCCGAUGUAAAUCGUGUAGUCCGCACAGUGCAAUAGUCAGUUGAAGGAUCGAAGCGUUUGCGCUGUGGGUUGGCCUCACUCGCAGGCUACUCUCCAUCACAGAGAUGACCUCUCUACUAAAUCUGCCUAUUUUGCCGUACUAUUGAGGCAAUAUUUGAUAAAUGUAACUGAUAGCGUAAGAGUCGGGUUCUUCUUUUGUAUAUCAUCAAUCAGAUCUACUUAUUGUUGAUACAGUAAAUGAGACGUCCUUCCUAAUUUCAAGUCAAAGUUUUUCCAAUCUAGGAGACAAGAGGAGAUUUUAUACUGCUGUAAAAUAUCAAAACUAUUUUAAUGACAAGUGUUCUAUCUUUCUAAUAAUAAUUCAUAUAUUUAGAUGUUGCAGUUCUGUUUUUAAAGUCUCGACAGUGGGAAGCAACUGUUUCCAUGAUGGGUUUGUGCUUUAUGCAAAUAGGAAAAUUCAAACACACACUCAAAAAAGUGGUUUAAUACUUGCUGUAUGAAAAAUCAUCUUUUUUUUUCCCAAGGAUGUGCUUUGGCUGUUGAAACCAAUCCCAUAUCAAGUAUGUUGCCUGAUAGUUGUUAGAAGUUGAUAGAUGGGUGUAUUUGUCUUCAGUGUAAUUCAGGUAAGUUUUCAUAACUCUUCAUUACAAGGGCUACUAAUUAGCAGCUUUGGUAGAAAUGAAUGGACUCUAUGGACAUCCUAGAGCAAAAGGUGCUUUGAAUCAAGCGUGUGUUGAUGUCCAGUUGAGGAUGGUUGCUGCAGGUUCAGUGAGGGAGGGAUGCAGCAGUCCACAGAUGCCUACGUGAUAUUCCUGGGGGAGGUCUGGCUGCUGUUUGGCUCUUUAUUUCCCAUCUUUUUGCCUUUUGGGUGUGGGGGGAAGUGUUAAUGUCAAGAAUUGCAGUUUCCCUGGAUGCAAUAGCACACAUCCUGUGUCCUAGCUUUUGCAUCUGACACUCUUUUUGCUCUUGUCAUGAUUUGUGCUAAUUCUUUUUUUUUUUUACUCAUCAUUUCCACUAUGUGGUCAUACAUAUUUGUUUUUCCUUGUCAUGUGUAACAUUUUAAUGGUUCUCUUCAACGUUGUCUGUGCUGGUGUCACAAAAGAAAGCGGUGGCAUAUUUUGACUUCUUUAUUUUUGGAAGAGUUGAGUCACAUUUAAACACCAUAUAAAUCAGUAUAAUCUUAAGCCGUUUGCCAAAAGGUUCACAAUCAUUAUGUGAUUUCAAGCAGUGUGAUCUACUCGCUUAUUGUUGAUUGUGAUUAGACAAACACUGCGCCAAUCGCUAAUCUUAGCAACUCGUGCUGACGUGUACAUUUUAUUGAUGAAGCUAUUGUUUUGUUUAAAUGCAUUGUGAAACACUUAAUGAAGGAAGCACGUGUGUGUCUGUGCGAAGUGCCGCUGAUUUGGUUGCUUCUGCUUGUAUUGGUGACAGGUUCUUGGGCACUUUAGCCAACAUUUAAAGGUCUUUUCACAAACCGCGUGUCCCGUGCGUAACAGAAGUAAAUUUUGCGGGUGUCGCACUGCGAACUCCCCCUUUUCCGUUUUGAAAUCAAGUGCUUUGGUGAGUCAGCGAAGUCACGGACGGACUUGAGCUGAGUUUGCCAAGUCGUCGUUUUGCUCUGCUUUGCUGUGGGGACAUGACUUAAACCUGAAGGGCAGCUUCAUUCCUAUGUGGGGGAUUUUUAUUAUUUUCUGCUUUUCCUUUUGUACUUUGGACUGCUUUGAGGGUGCUGAACAAAAUGAAGGUGACCACUCCAGGGCCCGAGUUGGUACGACGAUUCUUUGGUUUUCACUGUGGACUUCAUGCCUUCUCUGCUUAGCAGUUCACAGCAGCAUCACCACACACAGUGUCACGCAGCUGCAGUACGCCACUGGCUGCUCAAGUCGACAGCGGACCUGGGUCACUCACUGCAAACUCCUCCCAUUGAUUUGCACUGUAUUGAUGUCGGGCCAUGUUCACCAUUUUGGGUUGAAAAGACGACAAUCCAGUGUAAAACAUUGUACCAAGCAAGCUCCAUCAUAACAAACCAUUUAAAUUGACAUUAACUACUUGUAACUUUACCCAGUUGCUCUCUGUUAAUUGAAUACUACGUCGCAGUGUCAUUCUUCCCUCAAAUGAAUCUUACGUGUUAAACCUCAGUAUUCAAUUAUUUAUUCAAACAACAAUUGAAGGUACUAAAAUGGCCAAUGAAAUAUUUUUGGUGGUUACAAAAACAAGUGAGUAAAUGGAAAAUGAGGGGUAUUGACAAGACGCCAUUUUCUGCUGUUGUCCCGUCUUACUGAUUGGACUGGUUCUUUCCCAGUGGGCCUGCGUUUGUGUGAUUCCAAGCCCACUCGCUGGUUCUCUGAACUGUGUGUACACUUUGAUGGCUAUUGCUUCUACUUGAGGGCUGGUUGGAUGGACAUACUAUGAUAUUAAACGCUAUCUUUGUCUUUUUUGUUGUUUUCUUUUGUAAGGUUGACACACUUCAAUGUGUAUUUAGAACCACUUAAGAUAACAGACAUUUUUUUUUAAAGAUAGACUUUGUGUAGUGGUGUACAAAUUGAAAGUAAUGUAUUUUUGUUUGUUUUUUUUCUUUUUUUUUUUUUUUUUAAGUAUACCAAAUGUAAAUUAUGUACAAUGAGUGUGCCAAUCCCCUUUCUUUGUAAAGCCAGACUCUUAACAAGUGCCAAUGUUGUGAAAAAUCUGAGGGCCUGUGAAUUUCAUGGUCCGCUUUUUAAAACAAACACUAAGUAUGUGAUUAACGAAAAGGACAGUUUUAUUCUAUAUUUAAGAUUAAUGAUGAACUGCUGUUUUUAAGAUAAAUGUCAUUUCAAUUGCAUGUGUUUGUCAGGUUGGGGAGGGAGUGGGUGGGUGAGAUACUGUAUUAAUGAAACGCCCUCAUGUAAAGGGUUCUAAUGGUUAUUGAUUUACAGUAUUUUAGCCAUAUUUCUCUUUUUGUAUAUUUCAUUUCAACCACUGUUGCCUGAACCUCAUUCAAACAUGAAAAUGAUUUUCAUAGCCUUCUCCUUUAAAUGUUUUAAAUUGGAAUAAAAUAUGUUCCUAUACUCUC